AUGAGGCAGACUGCGGCCCGCCUUUCUCGUCAAAUAACGCUCGAAGUGGAACGCAAAUUCCGCUGCACUGUCGAGUCUGUCAACUUGCUACGAGCGAAUGGGGGCGAGCCUCCGUUCCCAGAGCUGUCGUACCUUGGACGCAAGACCUUCAGUGAUACGUACUUCGAUAAGCACCAAAAGCUGUCCUCAACUGGCAUCUAUGUGCGAAAACGCGAUGGCCGCUGGCAAGCGAAAGUACGUCAGAGCGGCGACUACCAAAACUCGACGUUCGAGGAGCUUGCUGGGAAGGAUGAGAUUGGCGAUCUGGUAGCCCGAUGCACCGGACAAGCAUCCUCACACAGCGUUGACUUCGGGCUGUCACAGAUGGCUCAUUUUACCACGGUGCGGGAUAGGUGGAGAGCCAACCGGAGGUUCGAAGUCGUGCUCGAUUCUGCUAGUUUCGGGCAUAUGGUUGGUGAAGUUGAGCUGCAGAGCGUGGGUGAGGUCGAUCCAGUGGCCAGCUCACGGGCAUCAGACAGCAUGCACGCCGAGAUAGAAGCUUUCAUGCAGAAAUAUUCUUGGGCCUUUCCACCCGGAAAGGCCGAUGGGAAGUUGUCCGCUUACUUUGCGCACAAGUCCUCAACAGAGAGUAUAACCUAA